AGCCGCCACUAUUUGUUGCGCUGUGGAAACAAAAUGUCAAUAUUGGAAAAUGGCCAAGUAAGUGCACUAAGGAAAACAUCUGAGCACUUCAGCUUCUGCUCACAAGUCCCGAAAGCGAAACCAAAACACCGCAUUGAAACGCACGUGUGCGGGAAUAUGGAAGUAGAAAACGGCGAGGGGCAGGUGCAGGUACACCUGAAAACCAAACAAGAACACUAUGCCGUGCCUGAUGUCCCAUAUGCGAUCGAAGGCAGCGUUUCCACCACGGAACUGAAUAUAUUUCUUAAUGCGCUUCUGCAAAGUAAAGGCGCUGAAGGAGUUGACUUUGAUUUUCUUGUGUUUGAUGAGUAUCUGCGCGGUAGAUUGUGUGAUCAUCUGCGAGAGAAGGCAAUUAGCUUUGAGGAUGCCAUUGAUAUUGAGUAUGUAGAACGAUUCCCUGCACCAGAGCCGCAGGAUUGUCUGCUGCACGACGAUUGGGUGUCUGCUGUAAAAGCAAGUGGCAAAUGGAUACUCACUGGCUGCUACGACAACACCAUAAACAUCUGGACAUACAAGGGAAAACACAAGCUCACUAUACCCGGUCACACAGCGCCCAUCAAAGCCGUAGAUUGGAUAUCCCUAGAUGAUGAAAACGGUCGCUUUGUCUCCACCUCACAGGAUCAAACUGCCAUGAUGUGGCAAUGGAAUAUUGCAUCGAAUGCCGUGGAAUGUGUGUCUGUGUGCAAGGGUCACGAGCGCGGUGUCGAUAGUGUCUGUGUUAGUCCGGACGCACAGCGCUUCGCCACUGGCUCCUGGGAUACAAUGCUUAAAAUAUGGUCAGCUGAAUUGGAAGACGCUGGCGACAGCACCGCAAAGCGUGCCAAGGAGAGCGGCGUUAGAACGCCGCGGAUGACGCUGCAGGGACAUCGGGAGAGCAUUUCAGCCGUGCAGUGGAUGGAUUGUAAUACUUUGCUAACUAGCAGUUGGGAUCAUACGCUUAAAGUAUGGGACCUGAACCUAGAAGGAAUCAAGACGGAGAUAUCCACCAACAAAUCUAUAUUCGAUGCCAGUUACUCCAAAUUGAAUAACUUAAUUGUUACCGCAUCGGCGGAUAAAAAUCUACGUCUAUAUGAUGCACGGACAAAUCAAGGUUCGGUGGUUCGCAACACCUACCUAGGACACAAUGCUUGGGUGCAGACGGUCAUGUGGUCAAAUACGGAGGAGUUUCUAUUUGUAUCGGGAGCAUACGACAACCAGAACAAACUUUGGGAUUGCAGAAGUCCCAAGGCACCGCUUUAUGAUUUGCUAGGUCAUGGCGAAAAGGUUCUGGACAUCGACUGGUCGAAUCCUAAAUAUAUUGUUUCUGGCGGUGCGGAUAACACUGUGCGCGUAUUUAAAUCAAGCAAAGCAACUGUUGAGAAUAUGGAAACAAAGUAAACUGUGGACAUAUA